GGCAUCUGAACAGACGGCACUUCUUCUCUGAGCAGCACAGAUGAGUGCAGACUGUCAGUCAGUCUGUCACUCAAAAGCAGAGGGCCGAGGCCUGAAGCCGUUCUUCUUCUUUUACACUUUGCUCCUUCACUGUUGUUCUGGGGGCCGAUGAAGAGGAGGUAGCUCCAUCCAGAGUGGCCUGUGCUUUUUUUCGGUCAACAGGAUGCAUCUGGUUGUAGAACCAAUUCAGGAGGCCGUGAUGAAGAUGCUACCUUAUUUCGUGGAGAAUGCUGUGUUGACCCAGAGAGAGAUAAACCGCAUCCUGAGUGAGAGCUUCUUCAUGGUGAAGGGUGCUGCUCUCUUCUUGCAGCAAGGAAGCAGUCACCAGGGCCAGAAAGCACAUCCACAUCACAAACAUGCAGGUGACUUACCUCAACACCUGCAGGUGAUGAUAAACAUUCUUCGCUCAGAGGACAGAAUCAAGCUGGCAGUACGGCUAGAGAGUGCAUGGUCAGAUCGUGUGCGGUACAUGGUGGUUGUGUACACCAGUGGGCGACAGGACACAGAGGAGAACAUCCUUUUGGGAAUCGACUUCACCAACAAAGACUGCAAAAGUUGUUCGAUCGGCAUGGUGCUACCUCUGUGGAGCGACACAAAGAUCCAUCUGGAUGGAGACGGGGGUUUUACCGUGAAUACAGCAAGUCGCACUCAUGUCUUCAAACCCGUGUCAGUACAGGCUAUGUGGUCAGCCCUGCAGGUGAUGCACAAGGCAUGCGAGGUGUCACGCAGGUACAACUACUUCCCUGGAGGCAUGGCUCUUACCUGGAUGGGCUACUACGAGAGCUGCAUUGCUUCAGACCAGAGCUGCAUCAACGAGUGGAACGCCAUGAAAGACCUGGAGACCACACGGCCCGACUCACCUACCAUGUUUGUCGACAAGCCUUCAGAGAGAGAGAGGACAGAGUGCCUUAUUAAAGCCAAACUCAGAAGCAUCAUGACGUGCCAGGACCUUGAGAACGUCACCUGCAAACAGAUCCGCACAGAGUUGGAGCAGCACAUGAACUGCAACCUGAAGGAGUACAAAGAGUUCAUUGACAAUGAGAUGCUGCUAAUCCUGGGCCAGAUGGACAAAGCCACCCUCAUCUUUGACCACGUCUACCUGGGAUCUGAAUGGAAUGCAUCUAAUUUGGAGGAGCUGCAAGAGACGGGGGUGGGCUAUAUCCUCAAUGUUACCCGGGAGAUAGACAACUUCUUUCCAGGCACAUUCAGUUAUCACAACAUACGCGUCUACGAUGAAGAGGCCACUGACCUGCUCGCUCACUGGAAUGACAUGUACAACUUCAUUGUAAAAGCAAAAAAGAACCAUUCUAAGUGUCUAGUACAUUGCAAGAUGGGUGUCAGUCGGUCCGCCUCCACCGUCAUCGCUUACGCCAUGAAGGAGUACGGCUGGUCGUUGGAGAAAGCUUACAACUUCGUCAAGCAAAAGAGGAGCAUCACACGACCCAACCCAGGUUUCAUGAGACAGCUGGCGGAGUACGAGGGCAUUUUAGAUGCCAGUAAACAGCGACACAACAAGCUGUGGCAUCCAGAUGCAGACUGUGAGAUGGCAGAGGGGCAGCAGGGCUUGACUCAGUGUUGUGGAGGAGAGGAGGGAGGCCACCUGACUCCAGAGCCAGGCAUGUCUCCUUGCUGUGAGGAGGCGUUAUCUGAUAAAGGUGCAGCUUGCCCCUCCCCGUGCAGGACUGUUGCCCUGGAGAUCGACCCGGCCUACAACAACUACUAUUUCCGCCGGCUCUCUGACUCAGCACUAGACAGCGAACCAUCAACACCUGUGCGCGGUCCCCCCCUUCUCGGCAUGGAAAAAGUCUUCAUAGAAAUCGAGGAUGUGGAGCGAGAUGCUCUGCUGGAUGAUGAGGCCUUUGAUGGGCGUGAAGGUCUGCCACUCCCCCACUUUGGUCCUACAGCUGAGGGAACUGCUGCCCAGACCUGCAAUCGUGGCCCAGAGCCCCUGGAGGAGCUGCGUCUGAGGCUGGAGUUCAGUACAGUGGAAGAGGAGGAUGAGGAGGAUGUACAAAAGGAGGAGGCAGACAUGGAGGUACUAAUGCAGCCAGAUGAUGGAGGAGGUGGUGAAGGAGGUGGUGGUGACACUCAAGAUGUGGAGGUAGAGGGGGAUACGGAAGGUAACGGGAUGGACCUGGCAACCCUCAAUGAAAAUUCGAACAACAACAACCAUUUGUGCAUUCCUCAUAACCACAAUGGAAAACCUUCCUCCAUCCUACUUCCAGCUGAUGCUUCUGCUCUGUCGUGGUGGGAUAAGACUAAGUCCAAUGAGAAAGAAGAUUCUCCAACCCUGGCCUCUAAGCUUUGCCUUAACCCCAGUCCUCCUGAAGUCCCAACAAGUGCUUCAUUUCCACAGUCCCAUACCUCUCCUGAAGGCUUCAAGUCUUCAGUGGGACUGCUGAGCCCCUGUGGCCCUCUGUGUGACUGUGCCAACUGUGCUGCCUCCCCAACCACAGCUCCACUUGACAGACAGGAGCAGCCAGGAGAAUCACUGCAGAUAGUGAAGUCUGAGGUCAAUGGUGAUUUCUUGGAAGUGAAGGCUGAGCUUGAUGAAAGCCAGUCUGCAGCUGCCUCAGAGGCUCUUCCAGAGCUGAUGAGUAUGGAUUUGGAGGAAGAGAAGCCUGCAGUGGCUUGUUACCUUGGCCAACAACAGGAGACCCUUUUACAGCUGCGUCGAUCUGGGCUGGUCCGCCGCCGUGCAGAGAGACUAGAGAGACUUUCAGGUUUAUCUCAGGACAGCCUGCACUCUCUGAAGCCUUUGCACGCAUGCCAAAGGUCCAAGAAGAGUCCCUUUCACACUGAGGAGGAAGAGGAGUUCUCUGGCUUUGCUGUUGACUUCACUAAAUCCUCAACACCAUGCCAAGUGCGGUUAGAGCCACUGGUGGUGCCACUGACCAAUGAAGCCUUGUUGGGGGUGGUGGGGUCUGGGCUGCUCACACCAACCUCCUCGCCUCAUGGCUCCACGCUGACGCGCAGCUCCAGCAGUGACAGUCUGCGCAGUGUUCGGGGGAAACCUGGCCUCGUACGUCAGAGGGCGCAGGAGAUCGAGACCCGCAUGCGACUGGCAGGCCUAACCGUGCCCUCGAGGCUGAAGCGGUCCAACUCGCUGGCCAAGUUGGGCAGCCUCGACUUCUCCUCCGAGGACCUGUGUUCGGCCUGCUCUUCAGACGCAGGAACACUGCUGCUCCUCUCACUGUCCCCAGAGCCAGACCCAGGCCUGGAGUGGGACUCCCCCACCACUUCUACUCUCGCCCGGCCCGGCAAGGACCUGCACACUCCAGAGAGAGCACUUCCAAGUGAGCCCAGAAGCUGACAAAUCAAGUGGAGAUUAUAUACACUCCACUCACUUCCUCAUCUGUCGCCCUGUGGGGCUGGAGGAGGUUGUACAGAUUCUGGAGACAGGAGAGAGUUGAGUCUGAGAUAAAACAUGAAAAGAAACUAAAAAUAAUAAUGCCAACUGUUGUUAUAAGGAGUGUACACUCUCCUUUGCCACAUAGUUUCUCAAACUGCUGUUCACAAUGAUGAAAGUCAUAUUGCUGUAUCUGACAAGUGUGUAAAGCCAUCAGUUCACCUCUAACUUUGUUUGAUUCAUGGACAAACAAGUGCCUUACCUACGAGACCAGAGGCACAGAGCUGUGUGUUAGACUGCAGGAUGAGAUAGUACAAGGCGCUCUAUAACCUUUAACUUGGUAUCCAUUGGCACUUACAUUAUCUUCCCCUGUCAGGUACAAAGUGGUAGCCUACAUUGUUGAACUUGAGACCCUCAAAAAACUUGACAGAAAGCAAAGUGUUAAAUAAAUGUAGAGUUGUUUACGACAGUUUAUGUUUUAGAUGCUAGAGGGUUGUAAAAUUAAUGGUUACCUCAUGUUACAUGCAUAGAGCUCUCGCUCAGAUGAACACCAGGCAAGACUUUAAUUCAGUUAAUUUGCUGAUGUCAAGUUAAAGUGAAGAAAUUUGUUUAGAACUCAUUUUAAUGCAAAAAUGUAUGUUAAUGCAUUAAGUAUGUCCGAGUCUGAGUGAGUGGAUGAGAUGAACGUAGAGAGAGAGGCAUGCUCACUGUUUUCAACAAACGGAACAGAAACAUUUCUGAGUUUGUUGUUCCUUUGCACUGCUUUUUUUUUUAUCGAGUGAAUACUGGUACACAGCAAGCUAUCUUCCAAAAUAACAUUGGAGUAAUGUUAUUGACCUCAUCAUUCCCUAUCAUGUACAUCGUUGUUGAGAGAGCAGAGUGAGGAGUCUGCUGCAUGGCUUGAAAUCAUAACACAAAUGACUAGUGUGACAGAAACGGAGACAGUCAAAUCAUAUAAUGUCUGUAAGCUAAAGUUACCUGACUUAUAAUCAUAUAACACACAGUAUGAAUACAAAAUCCAAACAUUCUUUACCUUAAAUUCAUUUUUAAGGGUUGCCAACAUUUUCAACUCAUUUGUGCUUUUUGAAAUGUGAAAAACCAAAGUUUUUUUUGGCUGUCUUAACAAAUUGGAAACACCAUUGAAGCUGUACAAAAUAUGUGAAUCAUCAUGUCAAUCACGUACGUAUUUAAAUGCUGUUACAUCUUUUUGCACCUUUGGGAGAAACGAAUGAGACUCAGUGGAGUCAUCGGGCUCAUAGCUGUUAAGCUUUUAUGCUCAUAUCAUCGAUGAGUUUUAAAGCUUUUGUCACACUGACGUGACAACGAUCACAAUAGGUUACUUCACAGUUUUGUAACCAUUUUCUUUUUAUAUUUAAGUAUGCAGUAAUUUUUGUACUGUACAUUGCUGUAGUUUGAAUGCAUAUUGCACUUUUUAUGUUGGUAAAAAAUAAUGUACUGUAUGUGUUAAUUAUGGAAAUAAACAUUUCUUUUACAUAA